UGCGUAAUCGGCGAGCGCGGCCACCGUCGCAGAGUGAUAACGUUGAGCCCGGGGUCCCGGCUGUCAGUCACUGCGCGGCCAGGCAGGGGCCGAGGGGCCCGCGGGGCUGGCGCCGCCAUGGCGGCCGUGUUUGACCUGGAUCUGGAGACGGAGGAAGACAGCGAGGGCGAGGGCGAGCCAGAGCUCCCUGCGGACGUGCGUCCCCUUGCUGAGUUGAGGGCGGCUGGCCUGGAGCCUGUGGGACACUAUGAGGAGGUGGAGCUGACUGAGACCAGUGUGAACCCUGGCCCGGAGCACAUCGGGCCCCACUGCUUUGAGCUGCUGCGAGUGCUGGGCAAGGGGGGCUAUGGCAAGGUGUUCCAGGUGCGAAAGGUGCAAGGCUCCAACUUGGGCAAAAUAUACGCCAUGAAAGUCCUGAGGAAGGCCAAAAUUGUGCGCAAUGCCAAGGACACGGCACACACUCGGGCUGAGAGAAACAUUCUGGAGUCAGUGAAGCACCCCUUCAUUGUGGAACUGGCCUAUGCCUUCCAGACCGGCGGCAAACUCUACCUCAUCCUUGAGUGCCUCAGUGGCGGGGAGCUCUUCACGCACUUGGAGCGAGAGGGCAUCUUCCUGGAAGACACAGCCUGCUUCUACCUGGGAGAGAUCACGCUGGCCCUGGGCCACCUCCACUCCCAAGGCAUCAUCUACCGGGACCUCAAACCCGAGAACAUCAUGCUCAACAGCCAGGGCCACAUCAAACUGACAGACUUUGGACUCUGCAAGGAAUCAAUUCAUGAGGGCGCCGUCACCCACACCUUCUGUGGCACCAUCGAGUACAUGGCCCCUGAGAUUCUGGUGCGCAGCGGCCACAACCGGGCGGUGGACUGGUGGAGCCUGGGGGCCCUGAUGUACGACAUGCUCACUGGAUCGCCACCCUUCACCGCAGAGAACCGGAAGAAAACCAUGGACAAGAUCAUCAAAGGGAAGCUGGCACUGCCCCCCUACCUCACCCCGGACGCCCGGGACCUCGUCAAAAAGUUUCUGAAGCGGAAUCCCAGCCAGCGGAUUGGGGGUGGCCCAGGGGACGCUGCCGAUGUGCAGAGGCACCCCUUCUUCCGGCACAUUAAUUGGGACGAUCUCCUGGCCCGCCGCGUGGACCCCCCUUUCAGGCCCUGCUUGCAGUCAGAGGAGGACGUGAGCCAGUUUGAUGCCCGCUUCACGCGGCAGACGCCAGUGGACAGCCCGGACGACACGGCCCUCAGUGAGAGCGCCAGCCAGGCCUUCCUGGGCUUCACAUACGUGGCGCCCUCCGUCCUGGACAGCGUCAAGGAGGGCUUCUCCUUCCAGCCCAAGCUGCGCUCCCCCCGGCGCCUCAACAGCAGCCCCCGGACGCCGGUCAGCCCCCUGAAGUUCUCACCCUUUGAGGGCUUCCGGCCCAGCCCCGGACCACCAGAGCCCAUGGAGCCCCCUCUGCCUCCUCUCGUGCCCCCGCCGCCGCCACCCUCGAGCACAGUCCCCCUCCCCAUCCAACCUCCCUCAGGGACCAAGAAGUCCAAGAGGGGCCGUGGGCGCCCCGGGCGCUAGGAGGACGGGCCAAGACAAGGACAGCCGUCGGGACUCCUCCCUGCAGGCCGCGAGGGCUGCGGGGCGUGCGGGUGCCUCGGGGCGCGGGAGCGAGAGCAUGUGAGCGCGCGUGUCUGCCUUGGGAGCGGCUGCGCCCCUGAAUCG